AAAGCUAUAAAAUAAAAAGGAUUUUCAUAAGAAAUCACCUAUCUGAAUUUCUAGUCAGAUGUUUUGAGUUUGAAUUAGCAUAACACUUAACUAAACAAAAGGAACUCUUCGUAAACAUCAAAUUACAACAAUUAUACMUCUGUCUGUCUGUUGCCCACGUUAGCCGUCACCUCGACGUGUCAAAAUACUAAAAAAGUUUUUUCUUGGUGUGUUUAAUCAUUUGACUUAUUGUUGCAUUGUGGGAUUUGCGCAGUGUCAAAAUCAACGCAUUAUCUCACUUGAACUUGAAUUUCAUUCUAACUUGUUCUUCGCAUAAUUGAUUAUUUUUCUCUUUUCAAGUAUGUCUCUGUGGUCAAUAUGGAAAUCUAGAUCCCAGAAUUCCCGUUAGGCUAAAUCGUUUAUUUAACAAAAUAUAACUGGCAUAGUUUAAACCAAACUUCUUUAGAUGAUUUCACUAUCGUUUUUAAGGCGCCGGCAAGGUCCGCCUUGAUAAUUAGCAAAGUAGACGAUUCUUGUGUUUUAUAAGGAAAAGCAAACUUUUAGGCKUUGUUAACAUGAUAUGGGAUGUCCCUAGAGACAAACUAUUWUAWUUUUAAUCCUAUGCGACAAAGYAGAUAAAGGASCUWGGCCCCACUACCUAGACACWCCAUAUSUAAUGUAAACAGGGCCUUAGGAAGACACAAAGAGGCCCUACGAUCUACCAAUAUUUCACUACGUCAUAUACUUCAAUGCGAACAGGGUGGAUAGCGCUGUCAGCCUGAWAAAUCCUCAUCCAGAUGGUUAAAUCCCUGCCAAUUCUAUGAAGUGGAUGAUUAAAUCCACCUUCUUACAACGUGCCAAGAAACGUUUCGUGAAAUCAACYAAGAUUAAUUGAUUUAUUAACCUGCAGUGCGAAUAGAUUUGAUAAGAAUUGGACGCAGAGUACAGUUGUAGAAGUCGUACAAAAUUGACCUUUUAGAAUUGUUCUUUAUUCAUGUUGUUCAUUGUGUUGUAUAACUGGAUUAAGUUUACAUAAAUGUAAAAAAAAUGUAAAAAAAUAUAUAAAGACAAGAAYAAAUAAAAAAAAACUUUUCUUUGUUCAAAGAAAGCGAAAGUUUUYCAUAAACAGAAAAGAAAAGCAGGAAAAGAAUGAUUACAAGGAAAAAAAGCCAAAUUAACGAUAUGCGGAUGAAAUACAUACGUAAAAAUUAGUGAUUUUCUGAUUAAAUAGAUAAAAAYCUUGAAAAAUUCACAAUAUGUUGAUGAGAUAGAUAAAGCAAAAGUUAAAAAAAAGACAUAAAGUUGAAAACGUUUUUGUUCGUAAGAAAAAGUAAAUAAAAACAAAGAAAAAUAAAAGAUAUAAAACAAGCAAAAUAACACAACUAAAGCAAACAAUAACGUUUGAACGUUAUCCUAUUGAGACAUUUGAGAUCCUCUCUGAUCAAAUAUUCCCUUGCGUAUUGGGGACUCGUAUUUGCCGGUGCCAAAUCUUAGCCAACUAAUUAACAUUUUGAACAUUAGCUUUUAUGACAUGAAAACACAAAAAGUGCAUAACAUUAUUGGGCACCYAUGCAACUAGAAAGCAGUGCAAGAAAAUAUUACAACURAAGACAUCAAUACCUUGGAAUAUCGAAUAUUUCAUUUUUGAGCUUYCCGUGUUGGGAUUAUUCCAUUUUUGCGGUAAGUUAUCUUAGCCAAAUACUUACUAAUGAAAAAAUCCAUCAGAUUUAUUUUGUUAGAUGAAAAUUGUAUCGCUAGUAGUUAUUUUCAAGAGUCAAUURUACUCAUUUCUUAGUUAAAAUGACCAUGAAAAACGAAUAUGAAAGAGUUAUUUACAAAAACUUCGGCGAUAUGAAAGCGUCAAUUAUAACCGCCGUAUCUGAAAGUGCAAUUCCACUGUCACGAUCUAGAAGACCUAAUCGCUGGAUAUGCGAACAAAAGAUUGGGACAUAUUGCUCUUCAUUCGGAUAAUUAUGUAUGUGAUGAAAGGAAAAAAUAAUGUUUACUUUGGGAAUUUACGAUAGGAGGAAAAAAAUCGUGAAUAUAUAUGUAUAAUUUCCUGACAAUAAUGCAUACUAUACGACAAGCUCAGUGGGAUUCCCUCUGUAGUUGGCAAAGCUGAAAACGAAACAAAAUAAUACUGCUAGAUCUAUUAUGCAAAGUAUUCGUAUUUCGAUAUUUGCUACAUGAUUACAACUUCUAGAAUAUCAAGUUGUGCAAAUGAAUUCAAAGUCCCCAUGAACGGCUCAAAAUUGAUCCUAUCCAAAUUCAAGAUUUCUUGUCAAUUACUUGCUCGUGCAUGAGAAAUUGAAGACUAAUCUUGUUUGGGUGUCUACCUGUAGCGAGUUUAAUCAGAGUGAAUAAGCUGGAUUAACCCAGAAAUCAAGGCUUUUGCCUCUCACUUUUAUCGUAAAUAACUUGGCAAAGAAGCCCUUUGGCUUAUUAGUUGGACUAGCUUAAUUUAAUGUUAUGAAGACCGGACUUAAGGAGAUACAAUAUCACAGUGAAUCUGGACUUGUGGAGUUUAAAAUCGAUUGGCUAGCUGAUUGUAAGUGUGCGGUUGGAAUAUUGCCUAUAUAGUAGUGAGUAUUGGCUUGUAAUUACUARCCAUCAUGGUGUUUCUGCUUUAGACGAUUCCCAAACGAAUAAUUCCUUCACGGCCAUUAACGAAUAAUAGAAAGCUUCAGUUUGGAGAUGUGGAAAAUUUAAGUACUUGAGGGUUCAAACCCUGCUCCCUACUGUUUCUACGUUCAUCAACAUUAUUCCGCACAGUAAAAGACUUCAAUGUGAUGAUGCUUCUAUGAUUACUCUAGUACAAAGCAAAAAUUAAGCCUAUUACUCUUCCAAUUAUGGCUAGUAUGGUAAACAUUUUGGUGUUUUUGAUUGUUUCCCUGAGUUUSCUUGGUUUCCUUGGUGCAAAAAAGCCAAAAGAACAAGUAGGAUUUACAUUCAAUCCAAACGAUGUAUUCAAACUACCUGGAACAGACUUGUCUCACAUCCAAGAAAAUAUGACACGUCCUACAGGAAAAGAACUAAGCGCUGCGCAAUUGUCAGAGAAUACACUAGACCAUAAGUGUUCAAAUGGUCUACCUUUGGCAGCAACAUGGCAGUACUACGGUCCAUACGCGAGACCUCUUCAAGGUAAAGAYAAGAAAGGUCAUYGUAAGAUUGUCGGAGUAGGGGGGAUUAUACCUCAUCUGGUGAACAAAAUGRUGAAGGUUUGCUGUAAGCCAAACACUCGGGUCUCUAAAGGCAAAAUCAUCGACUCCAUCACUGAACUAGAAUCGGAAUUAGAGGACCCAAACACAGCAUAUGACUUCACUUUCCCGAUAACUGGCUUCAGUGCUGAAGACAAGACGUUCAAAGACAUGGUGUUUAUUCCGCUGGUCGAGGCWCCAAGGAUUGCACUGCUUGUCAUGGACAAAAAAGGCGCCGAAAAYACUUCUCAGUUGCUAAAGACAGUCACCAAAGCGUGGCCUAUCUUGGUUUUUAUUCUAGUUGCAGCAACACUUUCGGGGAUUAUCAUAUGGGCUUUGGAUCGUUUGAAAAACCCCGACGAGUUCCCGCGUCCAUUCAUCAGUGGAACAUGGGAAGGGUUCUGGUGGGCCUUUGUCACCAUGACUACGGUUGGAUAUGGAGACCGUGCGCCCAAGUCACUGCUGGCUCGCAUCUUUUGUAUUGUCUGGAUCUUAGUGGGUAUCGUCAUCAUUGCUAUAUUCACAGCUAUCAUCACAGCCUCGCUUUCAGCCAGUAUUCAACAUCACUUUACCGUUCAUGGWGCARUAGUGGGCGCUGUGAAUGGAAGCGAAGAGUACCGUUAUGGAGUGUCACUCAACGCCAAAAUGAUAAAACAAAAGAACAUAAAUUUGACGCUCACAGCCCUUCAAAAUGGAGACACAAAUGCGUCGUUGAUUGACAAUUACGUAUUAACGUACUAUCACCAAUUUGUAAAAACAGUAGACGUACGUAUCGAGACUACGUAUCAACAUCCUAUUACGUAUGGUAUUGUCUUAAGGAAUAACGCAACGCAAAUGGAAAAAUGCUUCCGUUCGUACAUGCGCAACCAUCCGCAAGAAGUGUUUGAAAUCAUUGCUAAGAAUCUGGAACCYUUAGAGAAUCCAACAGACGAUGAAAGCCAAGAAGUCAAGGCCUCUCGGGAGUUGUUCUUUUACAGCGAGCCGUCAUUUAAGCUAGUACUGCAUAUCAUGUUAGGUGUUGUAGGAUCGCUUAUCCUAAUUGGAGCRGUUUGGGAGUUUUGCUACCACAAGCCUCGCGAACGUCGAUUAAAGGAAGAAAGCAAGCAAAAAACAGGUUCUUACUUGGCACUGUCUCCAGGCCAAGGYGGCAAAUGCGAUUGCCAUGAAAUGAUGUUGAAUCACCAGACAAUACAAGCUAUCAAAGACAAGUCUAUUCGCAUCAGAGAACUUAUCAAAGAGUACGAAGAAUUCUAUGAGGCAUGGCUAGCGAAAGUUAAAGCGCUUGAACGAGACGACAACGGUCACGUGACUCCUGAUAUGGUUUAAUUAGCACUAAUUUAAUGUUCAAUUUCUGCAGAAUUUGAUGUAUACCACCGUUUAAAUGUUUCAACCAUGCAUGAUGUGCAGCGCYAUAGGCGCAAAAAACCUUUAAAUUUGGUAUAAAUGUCCAAGAUCUCGAGAAAUAGUCGAUAUGUGCAAAGGUAGAAAAUGUUGGCAACGACAUGAAAGGAUGUAUUAGGAGUACAGGCAGCCCAGCAAUGAACAUUUUCAAGCUUCCCACACUUUGCAGGAAGCAAAACUYCAAGAAAAGGUUUUCCAGUCAGUGUAUAGAGAUUUUUAAAUAUGAUCAUCAAAAUUAAAUCCAAGUCGAAGAAAGAGUCAAAGCAAUAUGGUAGCCAAGACAAAGGCAAUGGAGUUUACGCUGUUGGCCCCGGUAACCGACCAACGUGACGUUGGAAAUGAAUGAUCGCUUUUUGGAGGUCGUCACAGUUUAUAUAUAAACCUUAGAACGAGAUAUUGACAGAAAAGGUCGCUUUAGCGAGAUGGUCGAUAUCAAGGGGGCUAGUGCACUGUAGUGAACACUUCAAGUUAGACCAACGAACAAGCUAUUGCGAUUUUAUGAGCUUUACGGGCGAAGGAAUACCGCAAUACUUGUAAAAAAACACUGGAAAGAAUUACACACUUUAGUUUUUUGGAGCAGUUUUGAAUAUUUGUUAAAAAUCGACAAUUUUAUUAGCGUGAUAACCUCAAUAUAAAACUGUUUAAAAAUUUCUUAAAAUCUAUAUGCCAUUCGACCACUAAACUUAAUGACACUACUGCAUGAACAUCCCAAGAAGUCUCUGUAUUUUUCUUACCUGCUCCAGUAUUGGGCUUUCUGUGUCUUGGCAACACAGGAAGCCCACUAUCAGGCUGAUAAAGAAAAUCUAAAGAUAUCUGAUUUAUGCGCGUAUCUUUUCUCGUAAAAAAGACAAUGAAUGUAUAAAUAAAACUUGACAAAAAAACACUCUA